AUGACAGAAGUCAGGCAUGGAUGGGAAAGAAAGAGAGAGAAGGAUGAUGAAAGCCGUAGUACAAGAAGGGAAGAGAGAGAUAGGGAUUCUGAAAGAGAAGCUGAGACUGAGAAAAAUGGACAUGAAGCGAGGAAGGAUGAUAGUGAUAGAGGAAAGUUGCGCCCUGAGGAUUCCGAUAGGGAGGGCAGCAGGAGGAACAGGGAUUACCGCAUUGAUGAUAGUAGGAUCCGGCAAAAGGAAAAGUAUAGAAGCCGUAAAAGUGACCUAGCCCGCGAAAUUGAAGAAGAUGAAGGGGAAUACAGAAGACGGGAGGAUCGUCGUAGCAGGUAUAAUGAUAGGGAAGAUGACAGGAAUGAUCGUCGUAGCAGGUAUAAUGAUAGGGAAGAUGACAAGAAUGAUAGGGAAGAUGACCGGGAAGAGAGGAAAAGGGACAGAAACCGAGAAAGAGGUAAAAGAAGCGAGAAGGAUGAGAGUAAGAAUGGGUCGGGUAAGAAAGGAGAGGAGAGUGAAAAUAAUGUGCCAGUUGAUGCAAUAGCCAAUAUGGGGAGAAGCGGUGGAGUCUACAUUCCGCCUUUCAAGCUGGCAAGAAUGAUGGGGGAUAUCCAGGACAAAAGUAGCCUCGAUUAUCAGAGGAUGACAUGGGAUGCGUUGAAGAAGAGUAUUAACGGGCUUGUGAACAAAGUGAACGCCACUAAUGUAAAGAAUAUAAUUCCUGAGCUUUUUGCUGAGAAUCUGAUACGUGGGAGGGGUCUGUUCUGUCAGUCGUGUAUGAAGUCCCAGUUGGCUUCUCCGGGCUUCACAGACGUGUUUGCAGCCUUGGUUGCUGUGGUGAACACUAAGUUCCCAGAGAUUGGUGAUCUUUUGCUGCGGAGGAUAAUUGAGCAACUCCAGAAGUCGUACAAGCGUAAUGAUAAACCGAGAUUACUUGCUGUGGUCAAAUUUAUUGCACACCUGGUGAACCAGCAGGUGGUGCACGAGCUUAUUGCCCUUGAGCUACUGACAUUACUGCUGGAAAAGCCGACUGAUGAUAGUGUUGAAGUUGCUGUGGGUUUUGUGACCGAAUGUGGGUCGUUGCUUCAAGAUCUCUCUCCUCGAGGAUUGCAUGGUAUCUUUGAGCGGUUCCGUGGAAUUCUUCAUGAAGGAGAAAUCGAUAAGCGCGUUCAGUUCUUAAUCGAAGGGCUCUUUGCAUUGAGGAAAGCAAAGUUUCAGGGCUAUCCAGCUGUCCGCCCUGAACUCGAUUUAGUCGAACAGGAAGACCAAUUGACUCACGAAGUGUCGCUUCUGGAUGAGAUUGAUCCUGAGACCUCAUUAAAUCUCUUCAAGCCCGAUCCUCACUUCUUGGAGAACGAAAAACGGUAUGAAGAGCUCAAGAAGCAGAUUCUAGGUGAAGAAUCUGAGGACAAUGCCGAUUCAGAUAAUGAUGCUGAUUCGGAUGAUGAGGAUGAUGAAGAGUCUGAGGAAGAGGACGAGGAACAGAUGAAGAUAAAGGAUGAGACAGAGACGAAUUUGAUCAAUCUCCGAAGAACUAUUUAUUUGACUAUUAUGUCUAGUGUUGAUUUCGAAGAGGCUGGGCACAAGUUACUGAAAAUCAAGCUGGAGCCCGGCCAGGAGAUGGAGUUGUGCAUUAUGCUUUUGGAGUGUUGCAGCCAGGAGAGAACCUACCUCCGAUAUUAUGGACUCUUGGGGCAACGGUUCUGUAUGAUAAACAAGGUUCAUCAGGAGAACUUUGAGAAGAGCUUUGUUCAGCAGUACUCUAUGAUUCAUCGACUGGAGACCAAUAAACUCCGUAAUGUGGCAAAAUUCUUUGCUCAUUUACUUGGCACAGAUGCAUUGCCUUGGCACGUCUUAGCCUAUAUAAGGCUGACCGAGGAGGACACAACUUCUUCUUCCCGUAUUUUCAUUAAGAUUCUCUUCCAGGAAUUAUCCGAGCACCUUGGGAUCCGCUUGCUGAACGAGCGCCUGAAUGAUCCAGCUAUGCAAGACUCGUUCGAGUCCAUCUUCCCCAAGGAUACCCCCAAGAACACGAGGUUUGCAAUCAAUUUUUUCACAUCCAUAGGGCUUGGUGGGAUCACGGAGAACAUGCGAGAGUAUCUAAAGAACAUGCCACGCCUCAUAAUGCAACAGAAUAGGGAAGUGCCGGAGCAGGAUUCAGAUUCUGAUAGUUCUGGUUCAGGUUCAGAUAAAUCAGGAUCUGGGUCAGGGUCGUCCAGCUCCGGGUCAAGUGAGAGUGAAAGCGAGACUGAUAGUGAAGAUCGGCCCGCGCCUCCGCCGUCCCAGGCCGCCGCUCGUCUGCUGUGCUGUCGUAACUUCACAAGCCCGCUGCCGCACAUCCGCCGUCUCAGGCCUCCUUCGUAUACCUUCACAAGUCGCUGCCUCGCAUCCGACAUGAUUAUGUCAAUUCCGCCAUCUCAGUCCUCCUCCUCCCACCUUCGCCAUCCCGCCGUCGUGCAUCCAUCGCCAACAAUCUUUAGUCUGUUGCGACAUAGGAUACUCCGGCGAAGAAGCCGACGAGUAGUUUGUCGACAACCAGUCUCGGCAAAUUCCUCUUGCAUAACUCCUCAGUGCCGCCCCAUUCUCGUCGGCGUCGAUUUUCAGGCAACGGUGGUCGGUGGCGGCAGAGAUGGCUGUUCCUCAGCCGUUCCACCACCGACGGCGGACCACCACCCUGCCACACGCCAGUCUGUUAUCCUCUCGCCGGCGAGGAGCCUGCGAGCCAUCACCAGCCGCCUGACGCAUGCGACCGAGAGGACUCUACUUGAAGAAUUCGGCGACGUCCGGCGUGAGGACAUCGACAACAUGAGGACGACAGCAUGA